AUGUGCGUCUCCGUCAUCGCGCUCGCGCUCACUCUGAUGUUUUCUAGUCUGGUCGACUUCCCCCAAUGCUUCGCGAACGUGACUGCAGAUUUGCGGAGCGGAAAUAGGAUUGACGGAUUUACGGACAACAAUGGGGUCCCGACUACCGACCCAUCCAAGGCGACCGCCAUAACUUACCAGAGAUGUCUUGAGUCUUGCGGAGGAGGUGGCGGCGCUUUCUCGUGGUCGUCUUUCUCGCAGCAAUUCUCCGCUUGGCUCCUGCCGUGGCUGGCUUUGCUGUCCCAGUUUCCCUUUGGAUGUAAAUAUAAAUGGGACAAUCUUAUGUCGGUUUUCCUCGCGCUCGGAAGUCCCUGCUUGGCCGCCUAUUCUCUUGCUCUGACUGUGCUCAACACGAAAUGGGUUAUACGCCGCUUCAAGAACACCAAAUAUCCAAAUAACACUUGGGCUGCGAUUAUCCUUUCGGGAAUGCAGCAAAUGGCAUUGAAAGUGACAACAGUCAGUGAGGAUGGAUAUUCUCUGCUCGCUUCUUUGGUCGUCCUACAAGAGAAUGACCAGUGGUGGGAGAAGGUCGAAGAUAACCUCAACUACGCGGACUUGCAUACUUGGUCAAUAGCUAGUGUGACUUCGAUUGCUUGGGUCAUCCUGGCAUAUGCUCUGACUGUUGUCGAUGCAUUCACAACCAUCAGCACCGAUCCAAACAGCAAUGGCCAAGGUCUUUCUGGUGUCGGCAGCAUCUGGCUGUGGAUGAUUCCCGUGACCAUUGGAUAUCUCCAACUCUCUCCUCGAUGUGAUGCAGAACGCGUCUCAAAAGCGCUGCGCGAAGCCAACAGACAAUCUUUCGUAAUGAUUCCGGGAGCCAAUGGUCUGCGCAAUGUCGACGCUUUGACUGAAGAGCGGGCGCUCUCUAUUAAUAGCUAUGGCCACCAUCAAACGCUAUAUUCCGACCAGGAAGCUACGGCCCCCAUAUAUAACUAUGCAAGGUUCCUUCCUUUUAUUCACGUCGUGGAAGAGGUCGCCUCGGCGUUCGAGGCCGCUACCAAAAAGGCCCACCUCCGGACAUCUGUGUCAGGUGACCGAUGGGAGCCAGGCGAUGGGAGGACAGUGCAUCCAGAAAAUCGACGAGGGACAGCGGAUCAAAUUGAGCGAUACUGCGCGCAACCUCCAUAUGUCCGCCGCUCGCAUUGGGGCUCGGGAGUGUUGAAUCGAUUCUUCAUUGCGGCCAUAGCAGGGUUAACACUGCAAUGGAGUUCGAGUGGGGCUUCAAUUUUGAUCGUCUACUACACUCCGACUGUUGGACUGGGCUGUCGCUCAGCUGCCUACCUGGUUUAUGCUGGUGCCGCGACGCUUGUGUGGAUCCUUCUCGUCAUCAGCAGUUUUCUGGUUCACUACGCCACGCCAUUUGUACCUGGGACUGCCCAAACUCUAUCUCAAAGGAUCGCAGGGGACGUCGCAAUAUUCCUCCGUCGCUCCGCCAAAGUCCUCGCCACCCUCAACGCCGUCUGGAUCCUUGUGGCGUUCUUGCUGCAGUUUGCCAAUUUCUAUGACCGCUGUUAUUGCAACUCGGAUGUUAUCGGGUUGGGGAAACGCGCCCACAACGUUAUGCUUCUUCUCGGGCCGGAUAUAUCCAAUAUGAAGGCCGCUUGGGUGGGAGGGAUCGCGCUCGCGGUCAGUGUGUCGGGCUUUUGGUCUUUCUAUGGACCUCAAGUUGAGAACAAGGAAACUGCAUACUUCGUCUCCGUGUGGAAGAGCUAUGAGGACCACGCGAAGCUUAUUGCCGACCCUAGCUAUAAAACCGUGAUCGAAGGCCUCCGUUCCGCGACGACCGAUUCGGCCCAAUUCAGCCGCAACCACAUCGAUGUCUCGAAGGACCCCCUCACCGCGCUGUCUUCUCCGGCAGUCGAGUUUGUGUUGUUCACACUCAAGAACGGCGAGGCCGAUGCGGACAAGCUGGUUCCCCUUCUCACCGAACUGGAGAGUGGGCUCAAUGUUGCAACCGGAGCCCACCCGCCUUGCGUGUUUGGCCAGAGCCGCGAGGAUAAGAGCAAGUUCUUGCUCGUCGUUGGAUGGGACACUGUCGAGGCGCACUGGGAAGCCGUCAAGGAAGGCACUGGGCUUCACACAACCGUGGGCAAGAUCGCUGCGCUUGCUGACCUGAGCAUCGGCCACUCCCAUGUGAAGGCGCACGAGUGA